AACCCUCUCUCCACUCUCACUCUUGCACUUCUUCACUUCUAAUACGCACACACAACACACACUAGAGAAAAGGCAGAACCUUCUUCCAAUCUAGUCGAAAGAACCCUCGUUUGAGUUCUCUGGUGGUCUCGAACGCAGAAGAAAUAGGGGGGAGGAAGAAUUUUGCUCCAUUUUCCUUCUUUGAGGUUCUUUUCUUUUCUUCUUUUUUUUGUUGAGGAAAAAUGCCAAUCAAGAGUGAAUCAGGGACGCCUCCGCCGAGGAUCGGGAAGAUCGGACCUUACACCGUGUUUGUGACGCCUCCGGCGACGCCAAGUCCCAGUCCCAGCCCCAAGCCCGAAUCUCCUAGGACACCGGCCCCUCCCCCAGUUAUGGCCCCGCCCGCGCAGUUCUACAAAGAGAAGCCUUCUUCUUUUGCCUUCUUCUGGAACACGGUUGCCAAGGUUCAGAAUGCGCACGCGAGUUUGGACGAGCAUGUGGCACAUUGGUUUGGCUUGAAUCAAUCAAAAUAUCAGUGGGCAUUGGAUGAUUACUAUGAGAGCAAUGGAAAGAAUCAGACAGAGGCAAAACCACAGGUUAAACCCAGCAAAAUACAGAAUGUGUAACAUUUAUGAGCAGAUUUUACUUCAUGGAGGAUAACUGCAGAAAGUCUUUUCUGGUAUUCCCUCCUAAAUCUUGAAAUAUCAAACGACAGAAUGUCAUACAGUUCCAAGGGAAAUUACUCCUCGUGUUAUAUAGUCUACAUUUUCCUGCUGUUCUGAUGAUAUCGUAUCUAACCCAUUGAACGAUAUCGUGUAGCCCCUCUAAUCUCCUCCUCUUUUUCACCAGUUUAGCUUUUUGUUAAUAUCUGCAGCUGAGCAAACUUUAAAGAGCUGCACCCUGCAUCUUUGGACGAUUCAAAUGCUAUUUUCAUGUCUGUACUAAUAUUUGAUGUAAGAUUAACAAUAUUUUGCAAUAUGUAAUUCCUGAUGUGAUAUCAAGUGCCUAUUCUUUUGCCGUCCUAAAUGGCAUGCCUAA